UGGAGAAAGUUGUUUUCGGUUGUCAAAAUGUUGCGAUCCACACGUUAUUUGGCCAGGCUGGUGCGAAAUGCCGACAGUACAGUUCUAUCAAGACAUACAGGAGUCGUCUUUCAACAAACAUGUGCUGCAAGUACAGAUCCAAAAAAGGACUCCAAGUCAUUUUGCAUGAACUUGUUUCGAGGGAAGAUUCAGUCGGAUCAAGUUUUUCCUUUUCCUGAAGCUCUAACCGAAGAGCAGAAAGAAACCCUACAGUUGUUGGUGGAUCCAACUGAGCGGUUUUUUGAGAAACAGAAUGAUGCUCUGAAAAAUGACAGCUUGGAGAAGGUUGAUGAAACGUCCAUGCAAGGAUUGCGGGAGAUGGGGGCGUUCGGGAUGCAAGUUCCUCAGGAUCUGGGUGGCAUCGGCCUGACUAACACUCAGUACGCUCGAGUGGUGGAAAUAGUCGGAAUGCACGAUCUCGGGGUGGGAAUAACACUGGGCGCCCAUCAGUCGAUUGGGUUCAAGGGCAUCUUGUUGUUUGGAACGCCAGAACAGAAGAAGAAAUACCUGCCGAAGCUGGCGUCGGGGGAGCAGAUCGCAGCCUUCUGUCUGACGGAACCGUCCAGUGGGUCGGACGCCAGUUCUAUCCAGUCGAAAGCGGUUCUGUCCAGUGACGGGAAACACUACAUCCUGAACGGGAGUAAGAUCUGGAUCAGCAACGGAGGAAUAGCCGAGGUCUUUACAGUCUUCGUGCAGACUCCAGUCACUGACGAGAAGACGAAGGUGACGAAGGACAAGGUGACUGCGUUCGUUGUGGAGCGCAGUUUUGGCGGUGUCACCAACGGGCCGCCCGAGAAGAAGAUGGGAAUCAAGGCGUCCAACACUGCCGAGGUCUACUUCGACGAUGUCAAGAUUCCUGUGGAAAACGUGCUGGGGGGUGUGGGGAAUGGCUUCAAGGUAGCUAUGAACAUUUUAAAUAAUGGAAGAUUUGGCAUGGCGGCUGUCUUAUCGGGAACCAUGAAGUAUUGCAUUGUGAAGGCCGUUGACCAUGCCAGUCAGAGAGUGCAGUUCGGCAAGAAAAUCUCCCAGUACGGUGCUAUACAGGAGAAGAUCGCCAGGAUGGCUCUCGUACAGUACGUCACUGAGUCUAUGGCCUAUAUGGUGUCUGCUAACAUGGACCAAGGAGCAACUGAGUUUCAGAUUGAAGCUGCAAUCAGCAAAGUGUUCGCUUCAGAAGCAGCCUGGUUUUGUGCUGAUGAAGCUAUUCAGAUUCUUGGUGGAAUGGGUUACAUGAGGGAAUGUGGUUUGGAGAAAGUCAUGAGAGAUAUUCGUAUUUUCCGCAUCUUCGAGGGAACAAAUGAUAUUCUUCGCUUGUUUGUGGCACUUACUGGUAUUCAGUACGCCGGUGUUCAGUUGAGGGAACUACAGAAGGCCAUGAAGAACCCUGCGGGAAAUGUCGGUCUGUUGUUCGGAGCGGGAGCUAAACGGGCUAAAAGGAUGGUUGGUGUUAGUGCAGGGGGAUCUUUCUCAGAAUUUGUCCACCCAGAUCUUUCUGAUGGGGCUAGCAAGGCUGCCGCUGCUAUAGAAGAUUUUGGAAUAUCUGUUGAGAAUCUGUUGAUUAAAUACCAGAAGACAAUUGUAGAUGAACAGUUCUUGUUGAAGCGGCUGGCUGAUGCCGCUAUUGACAUUUACGGCAUGGUGGCCGUUCUCUCCCGAGCGUCACGAAGCUUGAACGAGAACCACGUGUCGGCACAGCACGAAAAGCUUCUCUGUACGGUAUGGUGCGACGAAGCGUCCGAGCGUAUCCACGGCAAUCUCAAGAGUUUAAGUGACUCGGGGUCAAAGAAGACUUUUGAGCGUUUGUCUCAGAUCUCACAGGACAUUGUUGCCAAUGGCAACACAGUGCAACGACAUCCGCUAGGAUUUUGAUACGUUUAAUUUUAGAUUAAUGUUACGACCAAAUAUUAUUAUUCCAAUCUAGGUUUGUUUUAGAAGAGUGAAUGUGUAUAUGCAUAUAUAUAUAUAUCUAUAUCUAUCUGAGUGAGGUGUACAUUGAAAAGCUGUGGUUAUUGCUUAAAGGGCCUCAUAUUGUAAUUCCAUGAUGAUGCAAUGCCUGCAAUUAAGAAAACGCCCACAGCAAAAAAAAAACCUGCCAUGGAAACAAUAUAUAAUUAGUACACAGCAAAAAAGGUGCUGUGGAGAAAAAAAAUCUCCACGGCAUUGCCUGUUGCCGUGGGUGAUUGCAGGGGUUGUAACGGUUUCUUGCAAAACAUUUUUUAUUAAUUUUUGUUUUGAAAUGAAAGGAUUAUGCCUUAGAAGUACAUAUAUGAUUGUGUACAAAAACAAUAAAUCAUGAUAAAAUAAAUUAGUUAACAGUGAAAUAAAGCCCCGAAAAUUUGUUAAAAUUAUCUGUAUGUUGUGACUGACAGGAUAAACCUGUGACAUUACAGUUGAUAUGUACGUAUUUUAUACCCAUAAUUCCUUGACAGUGAAAAAAACAAAAAGACUGUUGUCUUGAUGUAUAUCGGGGGUGAAUUGUUUGACAUCCAAUAGCCGAUGAUUAAUAAAUCAAUGUGCACUAGUGGUGUUGUUCAACAAAACAAACUUUAACUCUUAAGACUAAAUUUUAGAAUUACCAAAUAUUUGAUGUCCAGUAGCCGAUAAUAAACAAAUCAAUGUGCUCUAGUUGUGUUGUUAACCAAAACAAAAACUUUUGAUGUAUAUAUGACAUAGAUUUUUUGUUUACUUUAUAUUUGUACUUGGGGGAUUUGUAGUGAAACCACAGUUUAUUGAAAGUGACCGCACCUUGCAGUUUUGAUAUUCUCCAGUUAAUUAUGCUAACUAAUCACGAAUACGACAUAAAUGAUGGUUAAUAAAUAUUAAAUUAAAACCAAAGAUUAUGUGUGAGAUCAAUUACUUCGUAAAUCUUUUCUGACACCCAAUAGCUGAUGUGUAUUUUUGUGCUGGGGUGUCGUUAAACUUUCAUUCAUUCAUUUGUAAAUCUUAAACAGUUACUGUAUUGUCUGUUAUUGGCAUAGUCAGUUUUCGUGGUGGUGGUGUCCAAGAACUGAAACAUAGCCCAUUGCCAGUAACAGAAAAUCCAAUAACUGUAUAAUGAUGUGAAAUCUUUUUAGUUUAUUAACUUCCUGAUCCAAUUUUUGUUGUUAUUUAUGACAAAUUUAAAAUACCAAAGAACGGUCGUUGCAACUGUGGUACUGCACCUUUAAGGUUGUAGCUGAAUACUUGACAGGGCUGGCCAUAUCCUUAAAAUUUCAUUUGCCAGCCGGGCGAGUAACUCUCAAAUUUCACUUGCCCACCAAAAAAUUAACUCGUCCCAAAACGUAAGCAGUUUAAAUCGAAAUUAAACUGUAUGUUUCAAACAAUUACACAUCAUACAAAGCACUUGUAAGCCCUGUAUUAGUAAAUGUUUAUUUCCUUUAUUUUGUGAAUGUUUAAAAAAAA